CGGUGAUGGCGGGCGAGGCGCUGUCGCGGGUGCCGGACGUGCAGAUCGAUGGCGAUGGCGUCUUCAAGUACGUGCUGCUGCGGGUGCGCGGGGCCGGCGCGCCCGCCAAGGACAUCGUGCGAGGCCACGGCUGGGCCGAGUACCACGCCGACCUGUUCGAGCGCACCGCGGAGGAGCUGGCGCGGCAUGGCCUGAGCUGCGAGUGCCUGGGCGGCGGCCGCCUCUCCCACCGCUCCGAGGAGAGGAAGAUCCACGUCUACGGGUACUCGGUGGGCUUUGGACGAGCUGACCAUGCUGUGACCACAGAGAAGCUGAAGGCCGAGUAUCCUGACUACGAGAUCACCUGGGCAGAUGAAGGGUACUGACUCCUCUGUCUGCAGUGCCAGCCCGGAGCUGGCAUGGCUGCAUGCGGUGCCUGGGUGCUGGCAGCAGGCUCUCCAUGCUCAGUGGUGCUCCAGGCUCUCCAAUUUUCGUCUGUGUUGAACUCGCCUGUUCUGCGCUGUCACUGAACUGUCCCCAUGCUGGGUGUUCCCACCUCCCUGGCACGGCAAAACUGGUAAAGCCAGUGGUCGCUCUGCCUCAGCCUCAUUGUGCCACGGGCUCAUCCCACGUGUGUCUGUGAGAAUUAAAGUUGUUGGGGGAGCACAGCUGCUCGGGUGGCCACGCUCAUAGCUCAGCUGCUCCUUCCCAGCUCCAGGUUGGGCCUGCUGACCGUGGAAGGAACUCCCCAUGUUUUCUGUCACUUGAGUGGAGCUUGGCACGGGAGCAGGCAGAGUCUGGGGUGGAGACAGCAGGAGGUAUAUCCAAGGAUUUGCCUUGAAAAGGGUUGAGGCAGGUGAGGAAAGCGAUGGGUCCCCAGGCAAGGAAAGGCAGGGUAAACCUGGGGGAGAGACCAGCCCCGUCUCCUGCUGGGAGGGAACUGAGCUGCUUGGGAACAUGGUUGGGUAGAAUAUGCUCAUUCCCGCUCUGGCAGGUGGUCAAACCUUGAGGARGAGCAUCCUCCCUGAAUUCAUCCCUUUGGACUCCCAGGACCAGCUCAAGUCUGUCAGAAUUCCUGAAUGAUUCUCCCUGCUUGUGCUUCCAGUGAGGCACAAUGGUGGGAGAUGGGGAAAAGCCGCUGGAGCCUUCAGUGGCUGGAGAGCUCUGGGGAGCUGUGCGGGCCGGGUUGGUUCUGUAUCUGUCCCUCAUGAGGCUGGGGCUGGAGGAGCCUUCCAGCCAGUCCCAGCCCCAUUUCUUUGUCAGACUCUGACGCUGCGUGUUCCCAGCUCCUGCCUGGCCAUGACCCUGCUGCUGCCUCUGCCUCGUGCCAUCAGAGAUGUGGGCUUCUUCCUCUGUGUCCAAAGCCAUGCAGGGUCAGCUCACUGUGCGCCGUGUCCUGCCCCAGACUUCAAAGGAGGCUCACAAUGGGGGGGAUGAGUUUCACAGGCAAAAAAAUGGCUCUGCUGCGCCUCGUCCUUCCAUCCUGCAAGGUGUGCCACCCCCUCCAUAGCAGGGAAUGCUACUCAGUGGCCACAUGCAGUCAGUUGCAAAUCUGCWAGUCACUGGACUGUGAAGCUUGGAGACCUAUCUGGGAUGUUCUGUCCAUCCACUGGCCCAGCAGAGCCAGCUUCAGUGGAUCUAUCAUGGUGGGACUGUUGGGUUAUACUGUGCAGGGUCAGGAGUUGGAGUCAGUGGUUCUUGUGAGUCCCCUCCAACACAGACAAUUCCAUGUUUCUGUUCUAGAAUUAGGCUGCUUGGGUCUGUGACCACUUGGGGUUUGAGAAUCUUCAUGACUUGGAUUCCCUAGCAGUCUGGCAGCCUGCUCUGGUUUUGACAACCCUCACAGGAAAAAAAGUUCUUCUUCAAGUAG